AUGACACAAGCAAUUCGUCUUCUAUCGCGCGGUCCCUUUUCUCCUGAACCAUACAUGGCGCCUGCUAGUCGGCAGCAUUGGAGUCUACAGAACGUCUGCGUUGAUCCGUUUUCAGAAGUGGCUACCGCAUAUACUACCACAGGCGAAGAUUCUCAUCUCGCGCCUUCGGCUUACGCUUGUAAUUCGUAUUCGUGGAUUCACAUCUUUCCCGAGGGCAAAGUGCAUCAGGCACCUAACAAGACAAUGCGAUAUUUUAAAUGGGGUGUCUCGCGGUUGAUUCUGGAGGCAUCUGAGUGUCCAGACGUUGUCCCAAUGUGGAUUGAAGGUACUGACCAAGUCAUGCACGAGGAUCGAACGUUCCCACGAUUCCUGCCCCGCGUCAACAAAAAUAUAAGCGUAACGUUUGGCGAUCCAGUUGACCUGGAGGAGCGGUUUGGCGAUUUAAGAAGGCGAUGGCAGCACAUAAGGGCGAAGGCCGAAGGUGGCAAAGAUGUUCUUCCCCUUGGAGUUUUGAACGACGAACUCAAGUAUAGCAAGGAUGCUAUUGAGUUGCGCAUCGAGUGUGCAAAGAGGAUUCGAGAGCUGGUCCUCGCGGUUCGAAAAUCAAGAGGGUUGCCCGAUGAAGACCCAAAGGAGAGCAGAGUCGAAACUUGGCUGCGUGAAGGGCCAAAAACCGAGGGGAAAAUGGAUGACGGAUCAUGGAUUCGAGAUGCUUAA